AUGGACGUUUCCCAUGCCUUGCAAUUCAAUGCUGCUCUGCACAAGCGGAAACGGGGAACUGAUGACACGAGCGAUCAAUCCUUGACGCGGAGCCCAAAAAGAAGGCCGACCAAGUGUCUGCCGAUUCGUUUAUCUCCUCCCACCAGAUCCCAGCCACAGUCCCGGGCCUACUCAACCUUUACCUCCAUCUACCAACAACCACCGACCCCGGUAGAUACUUCGGAGGAUGAAAGCCCUUCUGAGCCCAACGACGACAGUCAUUGGCCCAGCCGGUCUCGCACAGCUCUUCGCGAGUCUCAAGGAAGUGAUUCCAGCACGUCCUCGAUGCAAGCACAGUAUGGAGAAUCCGAUGCGAUGGACAUGGACGUGAACCCGCCCACUAUCCGGAGGGCUCGUUCGAACGACAUUAUACCCCCGCCUCGUGACAGCAACUUCUUGAGCACCAUGGACAGAUUUGCCAGAGAAAGAGUGCCAACCCCGAUCAGCAGCCAUUUCGACAACCGAGUCGCGGACCUGCCCAGUGUCCCUCGACAUCAGUUCCCGCCCUUGCGCACUAACCUCAGUCCGAUGAUCGAGCAAGACUCCUGGAUCGGCAAAGAUGGACUACCGAGCCCUGUAGAAGAUCACGACCCAGACAGCAUGAUGGUUGAUCAAAGCAAUGGCGGAGUUGGCGGUGGAGAAUCACCGACUGCUGCUGCGCGUUGGGAGGACAGCUUUGGCCUUCAAUUUGAUGGCGCCCCCAGUCCUGGGAAGGCAAGAAGCGCAAGACUGCACAUGGGAUUUCUCAGCGGCUGUGACAAGUGUAUUCAGAAGGUACCCGGCCACUACAGCCACAUCCUGUGGUCAUGA